AUGGCUACAAACAAUGCAUAUGAUCGAUUUAUACAAGUGGAAUGGCAAAAUAAAAAUGUUUUGCUUAUCGAUGAGUUAAAAACAACUGAUAGGCUUCAGAGUGUAACACAAGCUCUUCAGCGAGCAUUACACCAUGUUCAUAAGAUAGAGAUUUAUUUGAAAGAUGCCGAAGAGCAUUUUAGUGGCAAAGCCCUUGGUGAACUAACCUACGACGAAUGUGCUGCUUUGCAAAUAUUCACAAGAGAAAUUGAUCGAGAGAGUAUAUGCAUGCUGUUAAAUAGAGCUUUGUGCUCUGAAGACGAAAAAGCGCCCCGAAUAUGGUUGCCGUUUCUUCGUAUACUUUACUCUGCAGCUCAAAAAUUGCCUGAUUUUAAAGGACAAUGUUGGAGAAUCGGUAAAGCUGAUAUAUUAAAUCAGAUAGAAAAGGAAAAAUACGUUACUUGGUCUGGAAUAAGUUUCUGUUCAAAAGAUCCCAACUUCAUUAUAAACAAGUGCACUAAUCAAGGGGUAGUUAUAUUUGCGAUCCAUUCUAUUCAUGGCAAAGAUAUUUCUAAAUAUUCGGCUAAUGAAAAUCAGAAAGAAAUACUUCUAAUGCCAGGAACUCGUCUAGAAGUGACGAAUAUUGACCGAGAUCAGAAAAAUGGCAAGUUAAUAUUUGUAAGUUUACAAGAGCGAGGCACUGAACAAAGCAAAAUCGCUGCAUCGAAUCAAUUGAAAUCAGAAAGUCAAUUUGAAUACAAACACUCUGCUCAACUACAUCCGAAACGAAACUAUUUAGAGCCUAUUUACAAAUGGAGUCGAUUUCAAAUGAUUGAUUAUGAGACCAAAGAAAUGAAACCAAUUUACCAAAAUCCAAUAUCUUCUAAUCUAACACUGGGCACUGCAAUUAGCUCCAUACCAAAAAAAAUUCAACACUUGGAUAUUCUCUUACAACAAGUAAACCAGAUCCAUGGUGACAGUUCCGAAGAGAUGAAUGCUUUAAGGAUAUACACUAUGGAGUGGGGCAGCGAAUCAUUGUGUAAAUUACUUAAUGAAGCACUGAAAUCUGACCGUCAAGAUACGAUAAAACAUUGGCUUCCUUACCUGCAGCUAUUUCGUGCUGGAGUACAACGCUUACCCUUAUUUAAGGGAGAAUGCUGGCGUGGUAAAAACACCAAUAUAGGAAGCAAUUUCAAAAAUGGUCAAACCAUCAUUUGGCAAGGUAUCAGCUCGUGUUCAAAAUCUGUUGAUUUAAUCCUUAAAUGUUGCGUCGGCGAAAGUGGAACACUGGUCAAGAUCAAUGCUAUCAAUGGCAAAGAUCUAUCGAAUUUCACACUAGAUUCAAUUACAGAGGAAGUUAUUUUGAUGCCUGGAACUACUCUGAUUGUAAAGCGGAUGGGAAAAUAUUUAAAUCGAAAUAAUAUAAUUUUCGUGGAGUUAGACGAGAUAGCUGUGAAAACACAUGAAGAAGUCGCACAAUCCGCUUCAAAACCACAGGUUUCAUCAAAUUCUGAUCGGUCUAGUCCUUCCACGUCGAAUUCAACACAUGAUGCUAAUAAAAGCUCCGUUUCAACAAAAUCGAAUGAAGAGCAUACGAAAAAUGGAUCAGCAUCGAAAUCAAAGUAUACGAAUGAUCGAAAUGUGACAGAUAUAAGAUCUGGCCACCACUGUACUUUAGUUGAUCGGCUCACCGAUGUUGACUGCGAAAAUAAGGUAAUAAAACCUAUCGAGAAUUAUCAAAAACGUGAUAGUGUCACACUGGAAGAAGCCUUAGAUCCAGCACGAAAUAUUGUUGCAAAUUUGGAUGAAAAUAUACGAAAAGCUAAACUCCGUGCCAAUAAAAGCUCCCGAAGCAUCCUAAACAUUGAUGAGUCAGCAGCUAUAUAUUUAUACACGAUGCAGGUGAAUGAAACAAGUUUCAGUCGUAUUCUUAACCAAGCAUUGAGAUCUGACGAUCAAAGUAUUGUCAAGGAAUAUUGGCUAAAAUAUCUCCAAUUACUUUGGCAAGCACUUAAAAAAUUACCUUCUGUCAGAGGACACGUAUUUCAAUGCGCAACGGCAAAAAUCAAUGAAAAAUAUCCAAAAGAACAAAUGAUUACUUGGUGGGGUAUUACUUCAUGUACACAAACGCCAGACGAAAUUGUUGGGUCGUUUUUAGGUAAAAAGUUGACCUUAUUGAAUAUCAAAAUUAUCAAUGGUAAAGAUAUAUCAGAAUAUUCAUGUAAAAGCUAUGAAACCGAGAUCAUUCUAUUACCGGGUACGCGUCUACGUGUGAAAGAUCUAUCAAAAAAUUUUAAUCUUAACAUAUAUGAGAUUGAUUUGGAAGAAAUAGAUGAUGCCAUACUUCUAUUUAAUACCAUGCGAAACCUAAAGACACAGCGUGUUUCAAAAGAUGUAUCUCUCGGUUUUGGUUUGGCACGGCAAUCACAUCAAUUGUGUACAUUCGAAACGAACAAGAUAUGGUUAGAAUGUCGAUUUAAAGAUCAAGAAGGUAGAACAAUUAUCAAGCCUAAUGAAUGCGAAGAUCAUCUUGUGGACCCUCGAGGCAACAUCGAUGAACAUAUUUUGAAACGCGUCAAAGGUUCAAUGUUUGGCUUAGUUGUGGGCGAUGCUUUAGGUGCUCACGUCGAGUUCAGACCUCACAGUUAUCUGGUUGCUAAUCCGGUUACUGAUUUACAAGGCGGAGGAACAUGGGGUCUAGAGAAAGGACAGUUCACUGAUGAUGGAUCUAUGGCUCUUUGCUUAGCUAAUUCAUUAGUAGCUCGUCGUGACUUUGUGCCUUAUGAUCAAUUGGUUCGCUAUAAAUGGUGGUUUAGACAUGGAUACAUGUCAUCGACAGGAAACUGUUUUGAUAUUGGUGAAAGUACUAGGAAAGCAAUUUGUCAAUUUGAAGAUCGACAAAAAAUGUUCGCUGAAAAGAAUCGUAUUCCAUUGGAAGAAUUAGAUUUUCUAUCAGAUGCAAAACUUUUAGAAGACUUCAAUAUCUAUUGCAGUUCGGAAGGAGCCGCAGGUAAUGGUGUAUUGAUGCGUUUGGCACCUGUACCUCUAUUUUUCUAUCGAAAUCCGCAACUUGCUAUUAAAUACUCUGGAAUCAGCGGUAAAAUUACGCAUGGAGACAAAAAAGCUGGUGAUGCAUGUCGCUAUUAUGGAGCUCUCAUUGUUGCCAUUAUGAAUAAUAUAGAUAAAGAUCAACUUCUCAGUGAAGAAUAUUAUUUAUCUAAACUUAAAAACUGGUUCAAAGACAGUCCGUUAGAUGUGGAAAUCGAAAACGUUGCUAAAGGAUCAUUCAAAAGAAAAAACGGUUAUGACGAUGGCAUACGAGGCAAAGGUUACGUAGUUCAAGCUCUUGAAGCUGCAUUAUGGGCUUUUUGGAUUACUGAUUCGUUUGAAAAAGGUGCUCUAGAAGCAGUAAAUCUUGGUGACGAUACCGAUACAACAGCAACUAUUUAUGGUCAAUUGGCUGGUGCAUACUAUGGUUAUGAUAAAAUACCAUCGGAAUGGAUUCAGUGUAUCUAUGCCAAGCGUUUCAUUGAAUGUAUUUGCAAAUGGAUAGCAUACGAGGGAAGCCAACUUCACUCUGAUAAUUGA